AUGCAAGGGCCCCCCAAGGGGCCCCCAAAGGGGCCCACGGAGGGGCCCCCGCAAGGGCCCCCCAAGGGGCCCCCCAAAGUGCCCCCUGAGGGGUCUCCCCAGGGGCCCCCCAAGGAACCUUCUCAAGGGCCCCCCAAAGAACCUCCCCAAGGGCCCCCGAAAGAGCCUCUCCAAGGGCCCCCCAAGGGGCCCACCCCAGGGGCCCCCAAGGAACCUCCCCAAGGGCCCCCCAAGGGGCCCACCCCAGGGGCCCCCAAGGAACCUCGCCAAGGGCCCCCCAAGGGGCCCACCCCAGGGGCCCCCAAGGAACCUCCCCAAGGGCCCCCCAAAGAACUUUCCCAAGGGCCCCCGAAAGGGCCUCUCCAAGGGCCCCCCAAGAAAGACCCCCCUGAAGGGUCUCCCCAAAUGCCCCCCAAGGAACCUCCCCAGGGGCCCCCCAAAGAGCCUCUUAACUGGCCCCCCAAGGGGCCCCCCAAAGGGCCUCCUGAGGGGGGCCCCCCAAGGAACCUCCCCAGGGGAGCGCCUCCCAAGGAACCUCCCCAGGGGCCCCCCAAAGAGCCUCUUGAGGGGCCCUCCAAGGGGGCCCCCAAAGGCCCCCCCAAGGGACCUCCCCCAGGGCCCCCCAAGGAGCCUCCCCAAGGGCCCCCGAAGGGUCCCGCACAAGAGACCCCCAUUGUGGCUCCCCAGGGGCCCCCCAAAGGCCCGCCAAAAGGGCCCCCCAAGGGGCCCCCCCCCGGGCCCCCCAAGGGACCUCCCGAAGCUCCCCCAAAGGAGCCUCCCGGAGGGCCCCCAAAGGGCCCCCCAAAAGGGGCCCCCAAGGAACCUCCCCAAGGGCCCCCCAAGGGGCCCCCACAGGGGCCCCCCAAAGGGCCCCCCAAGGGGCCCCCUCCGAAGAAGGCGCCAUCAACAGAACGGGGGGCCCCCCAAGCACCCGUGUCGGCGAGCCCCAUACAGGCACCUGAUCUGCCUCGAGCACAAGGGGGGCCCCCACCCAAGGGGCCCCCAGCAGAGGGGCCCCCUUCCCCCCAGCAGCUGAAGAAGAUAGGUUCUGUGCAUGACUGCUCUGAGGUCCCUGUACCCUUGGCAAAGGGGGGGCCCCCUAAGGGGCCCCCACCACCUGCUGUGCCUGCAAGGCCUCACAUCCCUCGUUUGCCUCUAAGCACAGCCCUCAACUAA